AUGGCCGCAGCUGCCUCCGUGACCAGCCUGGCGGACGAGGUCAACUGCCCCAUCUGCCAGGGCACCCUGAGGGAGCCGGUCACCAUCGACUGUGGCCACAACUUCUGCCGGGGCUGCCUCACACGCUACUGCGAGAUCCCAGGCACAGACCCCGGGGACGCCCUCCACGGGGACGCCCUCCCCUGCCCCCUCUGCAAGGAGCCCUUCCGCCCGGGGGGCUUCCGGCCCAACUGGCAGUUGGCCAGCGUGGUGGAGAGCAUCGAACACCUCCAGCUGGUGUCUUCGCCGGACUCCGAGGCAGAGGACAUCUGCAGGGAGCACGGGGAGAAGGUCUACUUCUUCUGUGAGGACGACGAGACGCAGCUGUGCGUGCUGUGCCGGGAGGCCUGGGAGCACCGGGCCCACACCGUGCACUUCCUGGACGAGGCAGCAGGGCCCUACAGGGAACAAAUACAGAAGUGUCUUGAGUGUCUAAGAAAAGAGAGAGAGGAGAUUCAAAGAAUCCAGUCGAGAGAAAACGAAAGGAUACAAGUCCUCCUGUGUCAGGUUGCCACCAGGAGACAGAAAGUGGUCUUCGAGUUUGCACACCUGACCCAGUUCCUGGAGGAGCAGCAGAGCGUCCUCCUGGCCCAGCUGGAGAAGCUGGAUGGGGACAUCCUGAGGCAACGGGACGCCUUCGACGUCCUGGUCAGCGAGGAGAUCUGCCGGUUCAGCAGCCUGAUCUCGGAGCUGGAGGAGAAGAACAGGAGGCCCGCCCGGGAGCUGCUGACGGACAUCAGAAGUACUCUGAUAAGAUGUGAAACCAGAAAGUGCCGGAAACCAGAGGCUGUGUCCCCUGAGCUGGGCCAGAGGAUUCGGGACUUCCCCCAGCAGGCUGUCCCACUGAGGAGGGAGAUGGAGAUGUUUCUGGAGAAGCUGUGCUGUGAGCUGGAUUCUGAGCCAGCGGACAUCUGCCUGGACCCCCAGACCUCCCACCCCAAGCUGCUCAUAUCUGAGGACCGGCGGCGCGCGCAGUUCUCCUACAAGUGGCAGAGCUCGCCGGACAGCCCCCAGCGCUUUGACCGGGCCACCUGUGUCCUGGCCCUCGGCGGCUUCACGGCGGGGAGACACACGUGGCUGGUGAAGGUGGACCUGGCCCACGGGGGCAGCUGCACGGUGGGCGUGGUGAGCGAGGCCGUGAGGCGGAAGGGGGAGCUGCGGCUGCGGCCGGAGGAGGGGGUGUGGGCCGUGCGGCUGGCCUGGGGCUUCGUGUCGGCGCUGGGCUCCUUCCCCACGCGGCUGGCGCUGCAGGAGCAGCCCCGGCAGGUGCGCGUGUCCCUGGACUACGAGGUGGGCUGGGUGACCUUCGUCAACGCGGUCAGCCAGGAGCCCAUCUACACCUUCACGGCCUCCUUCACCCAGAAGGUCUUUCCCUUCUUUGGGCUCUGGGGCCGAGGGUCCAGCUUCUCCGUGAGUUCCUGA